CACAAAACCAAGCACACGAACCCUGUACCCCGCCGUUAUGCGCCCCUGAACCGGGUGCGUAGUUUAUUUUCGUGUUGGCAGCGCACGAUGCGGUGCACGAUUUCGUAUUCAUCCCGCCUUGACGCUUAGUUGUUGGUGAGAAAUCUGUCCGUCUACACGCAGCCGCUGACAACCGGAACCCCGAGUUUCGGUGUGGAACCAGUUUUCGGGUGAAAAGCAAUGGCAUUAAGCGCAAACGAUGGUUCGCUACCACCGACCGUUGAGCAGGGUGCCGGUUUACCCGAGGUGAUCCCGAACGUGAAUGUGUACCAGCAGAAGAAAACGUUGGCCCAGGGUAUGAUGGAUCUCGCGCUUCUGUCCGCCAACGCUAACCAGCUACGUUACGUGCUGGAAACGUACGAACGUCAUCCAUACUACAUCUUCAGCCUAAUCUUUAUCUCCGUGAGUUUGCUCGUCCAGGUAGCGGUCGGUGUCGGACUGAUCAUGAACAGUCGGUACGAUGUGAACGAUCGGAAGGAGAUAUGCAAGGCAAACAAGAUCAACGACCUCAUCACGAUCGGCAUCUUUCUCAUUACGCUCGUGAAUGUGUUGAUCUCCGCAUUUGGGGUUGCCCCACGUGGACCAUAAUAACGUCGCGAAGGAAGUGCCAUUUUUUUAUACAAUACUCGAAAAACCCCGGAUUGAAUGCAGUUGCAGCACAAGUUUGUAUCGGUGCAAAGUGCAUCAGCGUAUGUGCGGUAUGAUGAGAAACGGUGAAGCGAGAGAGAAAGACACAAAGAGAGAGAGUGUUUGUGUGCGAAUGUUCUAAAGUAAUUCUUCAUCGUUUUGUAUGUUGUUGGGUGCAGUUUAUUUUACAGCUGUUUCCGAUAAAAUUAGUCACCCACAACGUGGAAAACAUGCAACUCUCCCUCCUCCAAUUUUAGAGAGUUCGAUUUUGGAAGAAUAUUUUAAAAAAAUCGUUACCGAUAGUCGAGAGGGUUGCAACACAAACCGCACCCUGCUUGAAAAAAUUGUGAACCGCAAUUAAACAUAAUUGCUUUUAAGUUCUUUUUAUAUAUAAAAAAACACACGCAAGUGUAUGUUCAAAUAAUGUUAUGUAAAUUUAAUUCUACCCCAUAAACCGGUCUCCCGGCAGUGUCUGCAGAAUGGGAGGAUUUGUUUUCCUUCUCCUAACGCGUUUAUAACCCGAUAAGCACUUUGCAAAAAGACGAAAAUAUGCCAAAUAGGAGCUAACAAAGAUAAAGGAGAUAAAGAUGGUUCUCUCGGCGAAACUUCUAAUGCAGCAAUAGAUGAUAUUUUAUGCAAAAAGUUUGCAGCUUAUCAACUCCAUCACACGGAGAGAUAUGACUUUGUACAGCAUUUUGUAGAUUUGUAUAAAUAAAAGAGAAAAAAUUGCUUAAAACUGUCUCUUCUCUGUACACAUGUUGAGCGAAUGGAGGCUAUUAAUUAAAUUAAAUGACUCCCGAAAAAGAAAAGAAACAAACGCUAAAAAUUUAUCUUCCAUGUUACGCUACCAUAUCACGCAGGUGCUAACCACUUCGCUUGAAAGUCGAGAUCGGAAUAAAAUCAACGAAAAAGGUAAGUUAGCAUAGUCAGUUCUACGGAAUUGGUCAUGUUGACGUUAUCAAUUAAAAUGGUUGAUUUGAGGAGAACACAAAGAAGAACAAUGUUCCCGCUAUCGUUCAAUCGGUGUUUUACCUUUCGGUCUUAGAACAUUGCGUCACAUAACAACAUCAACUCAGAAGUGGAAAGACAAAAAUGCUAAAAUAACGAAAUUUAAAUUGGUGCUAUUAAGUUCCGCCGGUCCGUUUCCCGAUCGCCCGGAGGGUUUCAUCCCUCCGGAAUCAUGGCCGGCGGUUACAAAGACAGUGAACGUCACAUGACGUUCGUAUGGAUUCCCCGCGAAAAAUCCAGCCGUUGGAUGGAAAGUAAUGAAACCGGUUAGCAUGCAAUCGUCGGUUGGUAGAAAAGU